AUGUCAGUUGAUCGAGAAAUAGAUGACAUUCGUUUGACGAUUCAUGAGAUUCAUCGUGAACUCUACAAGAUCGAUGCACAUUUGGACGGUGCUGUUGAGAAGGUGGAUAGGGAGUUGAAUUAUUUCGAUGAUCAACUUCGAAACGUUGUACAAGAAGCAAAUCAAAUACGCUCACAAUUUGAGGAAACCAUUUCUUCUUUCCCAAAUCAACAAAUUUAUUUGGCUAUUUUGCUGGUUUUGGAUGUAUUGAUAUGGUUAAUUGUUGGUUAUUUAAUCUACAAAGUGAUGAUUGCAUGGAAGCAUCGCCAUCGAGCUGCUGAGAAAUUUAUGAUGAAAAUCUCUGGUCAUCCAUCAAAGAAAAUUGUCGUCAAUCCAAAAAAUGAUCCCAAUUAUGUCGUCUGGAAACAACCGCAACCUGAUAACCCACCUUUAUACGACGCACUACCAACUAACGGAUUACUUCCGAUGUAUUCGAGGAUUAACGAUAAAGGUUAG